AGGAGGACGAGUUGGAGGAAAUCGACGAGGAUCACCUAAUGCACUAAUUUAUGGGAUCAGUUGUUGGACGUAAAUUAGCUGAGAUUUGUAUGAAAUCAAUUGAUGAAAAUAUAUCACAAGUUCCAGGUAUAGAAUUUUAUGCUCGUUAUGUGGACGGUAUAUUAAUUAUUUUUGAUUCAUGUAUAGUAACACCUUAUGAAAUUGAAGAUUAUGCGAAUAAAUUAAAAACUAAUAUAAAGCUUACUAGUGAAUUAAAACAGAAUCAGGAAAUAAACUAUUUGGAUGUGACUAUUAAACGUGAGAAAAUGCAACUGGUGUUUCGUAAGUAUGAAAAAUUAUGUAAUACAGAAAAAACAAUUAGUUAUAAGUCUUAUUGUCCUGUAGAUACUAAGAGAAAUGUAUUUACUAUGGAAUUGAGGAAAAUACUAAACAGAAUAUCACAACAGGAAGAUAUAAAUAAAGAAAUUAAACAAUUAUUUAGAAAAUAUUUAUUGAAUGACUACCCAAAGAGUAAAAUUUUGGCCAAGCAGGAAAACAAAAUGUCGAAUAUUAUUAAUAUUAUAAAUACCAGAGGUCAAAAUAUAGUAAAAAAAAUCAGCUUGGUGUCUCAGGGGUGGUUUACAAAGUAUCAUGUGAUUGUUUGCAAGCGAAAUCAUAUGUUGGAGAAACGGGACGGAGGCUCGAGACACGCAUAAAAGAACACGAGGCAGCGAUUCGUCUAAAAAGACAAGAGUCACCUUGGUAUCAACACUUUAGUAAUUAUAAUUGUAAAAUUGAUAGAAAUUCUGUAAAAAUCUUGUAUAAAAUGGA